AUGGGCGACGACAAGGACUACUACUCAGUUCUCGGCUGUGAAAAGGACGCCUCAACGGAGCAAAUCAAGAAGCAGUACAAGAAGCUGGCUUUACAGCUUCAUCCUGAUAAAAGUACCUCCGACACAGGUGCUGACUUUAAUCUACUAAGCAAAGCCGCCUCCACGUUGACUGACGAAAGGGAAAAGCACAAGUACGACACUUCGCUUUUAGAGAAACGAGCAACGUGCAACAAGAUCGUCAAUGACGAGGUAAACUGCGACGACUUUUCACACGACGAAGAAACGCAAAGCUACCUCUUCGACUGCCGAUGCGGUGGACAGUUUGUGCUGGGCAAAGACGAGUUUACCUCAAUAGCCAAAAGUCAACUGGUGGACUGCAACAGCUGCUCGCUGAGCAUUCUCGUCAUCAGCAGCAGAUGA